AAUUUCCAGUUGCCACUCGCAGAAAAAAACAACCCUCCAACCGGACCCUAAUUCGUUAUUUGCAAAUUACAAGUGUUCAUGACAAUUGUUUCAUAGACGUAUGAAACAAUCUGUGUUGAUUUGGACUCUUGUUAAUUACAUUUUGUGAGUGAAAUACGAGUGAUAUUUAACUGUCGACGUGUAAAAUGGCGUGGUUCGGUGAUGGUCUCUCUAGUCUAUCCAAUUUAAAGGGACAGAUCACUAAUUUCACGAAGGAGGUACUGUCCGAAGGAAUUGUCGAGGAACUUGAUGAUCGAGACAAGCAGCUCGAGGAGACCAAUCGCAGAUGUGUACAGCUGCAGGAAUUACUCAACUCCAGAGACGCCGAGAUUGCACUCCUCCGUCGGCAGAAUUGCGAGCUGAAGAAAAAUGCGGUUGAGACUAAUUCUUAUGCACGUGAAUCGAAUGAUGACAGUCAGGAUGACGAGGGUGGAGGAUUUUUCUGGGAUCCACCGUCCAGUAGAAAUCGUGAGUCGAAUCAUGUUCGAGGCCUUGAGGAGCAGAUCGCACAAGCCACCGUGAGAAUUAAAGAGUUGGAGGAAGAAGUUAAGAAAUAUCAGAAGAUUAGUUCAGUUGAAAUGAAAGAGGAGAUAUCAGAGAACCAACAGAGAGGUGAAUCUGUUCGUGUGAAGCAGGAUCUGGUGAAUCGAAUAAUUCAAAUUGGUGAGAAGGGGAAAGAAGCGGAGAGAACGAUGAAGAAGAUUCAGACCGACGAAUUAGCGUUUAUCAAUGACUUCAGGGCUGCCAUCUCGAAGCUGGACUCCCAUGAGCAGGUGAAUUUAAUCCGAUGUACCUUGAGUGCCUUGGAGAUGGACAAUGGUGCGACAGGAAAUGAGGAAAAAUCAGAUAUUGGGAAGAAAGUCCGUCCAGAGCAGACGUCCAACGGUGUGAAUAACCGAGAGCUAGAACUCCGGAGAAAAAUUAAAAAACUCCAAGAGGAGAAUGAAAGCCUGUCCUCCAGUAUCGAGGAGUUGGACCAGCAGCACGCUCAAUCUAUGGAGAAGGUGCUGGAUCUGAAGGAGGAGCUCCACAAGAAGCACCAGUGCCUCCAGACCGCCUACGAGACCCUCUACGUGGACUACAACAAUCUCCAGGACCAAAUGACUAAAAUGCCCUUGGAAAACUCCAAGAGUCCUCCCCUCGAGGAUAAGCAGAUCCAGACGAAGUCUCUACUCCAGGACCGACAAUCCCACACCCAAGAGAAGUUGAUCCAGACAGGAGAGGACCUCUCAGGGUCUCAGGAGCUCCAAAAAAUCACGGAAAAGGUCCAAGAAAUUCUCAAAGAUACAACUCUAAAUAUCCCAGAGGACAAAAAUCUCUUCGAGGUCCUUGCAGAUGAAUUUCUGCAGUCCCAGCGAAAGAAGGAAAUGCUGGAACGAAGAAUUUCUGAUCGGACUCGAGAGUUAAAUGAGGUCUGUGAAAUGAGGGAUGCCCUGCAGAUCGAUUGCGAGGACAUGCAAACGACAGUAGAUGCUUUGGAAUCGAAAAUUCGUCACAUGAAGUCAAAUCUACCAUCUAUCCCAGAAGCCAGUGAGGAAAGAGUUGCAUCUCUGGAGACAGAGACAGAGUCCAUGAGUGAGGAGAUAAAAAGAUUGCAGUUGGAGAAUGAUCUAAUGCAUCAGAAGCAAACGGAUUUGAUAACAACGUUGACGACGUUGGAGGGAUCACUCAGGAAUCAGGAGAAUCUGGAGGCUGAGGUGAGAAACACCAAGCAGCAGUUGGAGAUAGCCCAGCAACAGCUGGCAGGGGCUUCCAAGAAUGUCGAGAACAAUGAGAAUAUGAUGGAGGAUCUCAGUCGACGUCUUCACAGCUCUCUCGAGGAGAACAAUGAAUUGCGAAAGAGAAUUGAUGCUCUUGAGGCCAGGGAGAAGCAGAUGCAGGAGCAGGUGAACAUGUACUCAGAGAAGUGCAAGGGUUUGGAUGAUAAUAUUGAUUUGAUCGAGGAGUUGAAACUGGAUAUUGGAAAUGUGAGGAAGGAGCUGAAGAAUUCGUUUGAUAAUACGAAGAAGCUGGAGAACGAGUUGGCAAGUGUUGCUGAGGAGAGGAGGAAGAUUGAGAGGGAGAAGGAGCACCUGGAGGCCGAGUUAGUUGGGAUCCAGGAGAAUAGGGGACAUGAGGAUGAUUCUGAAGUGAUGGGGGAACUCAGGAGCCAGCUCGAGGCUGUGAAUCGUGAGAGAGAUGAUUUGGAGUAUGAUUUGCUGAAUAUGAGGAAGGAGUUGGAUCUAGCUCUGAGUCAGGUGACAGAUGGUGAGAUCAGGUGCCAGAAACUCCAGGAGGAGAAUGCGAGACUCGUAGGAGAGCAUGAGAAGAUUCUCGAGCAGGUGGGGAGAAGUAAUAAGGAGGCUGAGGAGAGGAUCGAACUCUUGCAUACUGAGAUGAAUGAACUUCAGCAGGAGCACAUAUUCCUCCAGGAGGAGGCUACUGCUGAGAAGUCUGAGCUCAAGGAGAUGGGGUUAAGGAUUCAUGAUCUCGAGGCUAAAAAUGUUGAUAUGGAGAAGGCUAUCGCACAGGCUAGAACAGAGUGUCAAGUGCUGAAGCGCGAUUGUGAUGAUUUACGAAAUCGAGCUGACAAGGUUGAAGGUUUGGAGAGGGAGAUCUCUCGACUUCUGAUCAUUGAGGGAGAGUUGAAAGUGUCCGAGGGUAGGUGUGAAGAGAUGCACACCGAACUCGCCCAUUCGCAGCUGCAGAAUGAAGAGCUGACAGAGAGGGUCAGGACUUUAUCUUGUCGACUCCAAGAGUUGAGUGGAGUAGAGGAGAAAAUGCAGGAGUACAGGGGAAAAUUGGAGGAGCAGGAAAAGGAGAUUGGGAUUUGGAAAACGGAACUGGCGAAGAAUGUGGAGGGUUUAGGGGACUCUGAGGCCAUCAGGUUGGCAUUGGAUGAGAAAUCUUCGCACUUGGAGUUGGUGAGAAGUGAAUUGGAAACGUUGAAGAGCAAGUCGCGGGACUCGGCAUCAAUGGCGAAGGAGACGAUUGAAAAUUUAUCGCAAAUUAUUCAACAGAAAGAGCAAGAGCUGGAGGAAAAGCUCGGGGAGAAGGAGAGUGCCUUCUCCUCGUUGAAGUCCGAGAGGGAUGAGCUGGUGAAACUCGUGCAGAUGAAGCACAAUGAGAGUCUGCAGUAUCACGCAGAGAUCCAGAGGAUGACCCAAUUGUUUAAUGAACAAGUGUCGAAUUUUCAGGUGUUGACGUCAGAGCGUGAUACCUUGGGUGCUGCUCUCAAGGAGAAGGAGACUGAGGUGCUUUGGGCUCAGAACGAGCUCCAGGUUGUACGCCAGAAAUUGAAAAACUUCGAGGAGUCCAAUAACUAUGGAGAGACCUGUAACAUUCCUGAGCAUGCGAGUCACAUAUCUCAGGCUGGGAUUAUGAGCGAAAAAUGUAAUGCUUUGGAGGCUGCUCUUGUAAAAGAGCAGACGAGCAAUAGAAUUCUGGAAAAUCAAUUGGCUGAGAGUCAGGGGAGGGAGGUGAGUGCUGCUAGAGAGCUUGAGAGGCUCAGGACUCAUCUGAUGGAGGUAGAGGCCAGUUAUACCGAGGAGGCACUUCUCACUGAGCAAAGCAAGAAGGAACUCGAGGGAAAACUCAGAGAGGCUGAGGAGAAGGUCAAGAAUAGCUCCACUGUUUAUACCUCAGCGAGCAUCAGGGCUAAUCAACAAGUGGAGACUCUCCAGCAACAGAUGACACUGAUUAUCCAGCAGAGGGAUGAUAUUCAGGCAAAAUUGUCUGCUGCUGAAGACAAAGUUGCUGCGCACACCGCAUCGUUGACAAAUCUGCAGAUCGUGCUUGAACAAUUUCAAAGAGAUAAGGAAAAUGAUAUUCGCCAUGCAACUGAAAGAAUUCGCCAGCAGUUGAACGGUUCACACAAGAAACAGGAAGAAUUGAACGCAGAAAUAUCCUCGUUGAAGGGUCAAUUGGCGGAGGCUAAAGAAUGCCUGCAGGCGGCAUCCCGACUGAGCGAAAACCUGGACAGGAAGAGUGACAAAAUUCAAGAACUCAGUCAAGAAGUCGCUAAAUUGACGGAUUUAAUUGGCACUGCCGAUGAGAGGAUUGAGGAGGCGAAGAAGAGUGGAGAGGGCAAAGUAGACAAAUUCCUGAUAAAAAAUCUUCUCCUCGGCUUUCUGUCGUCCCCAGCCUCUGACAAAUCCGCGGUUUUACGAGUUUUUGGUACAAUUCUUGACUUCGAUGAGCACGAACGUGAGAAAGCAGGUCUGAAUCUUCCGACUGGACACGGUGGGUGGUUCUCAGGAUUAUUAUCCACCUCAGGAACACCAACGAAAGACCAAGAAGCCUCACUGUCUCAAGCAUUCAUCAGAUUUCUCGAAAGUGAGUCCAAACCGACUUCAGUUCCAGCUCUACCAGUGUCCAGCACGUCCAUUUCCAGGCCUGGACACAGUAGACAACACUCGACUUCCUCGUCACACUCUGGACUACUGCUUACCAACGUCAAUCUUCCCUCAUUCCAAGACUUCAGACCAUCGAGAAACACUGGCUCCAUUCUCAAGGAAGUUCUCAAGGACAGCUGAUAUUAGUGAAUUCAUAUUUUUGCUACAAUUUAUCUUGUAAAUACUAAUGGUAUUCAUUGUUGUUUUGUUUCUUUUAUCAGACAUACUAACUCGAUAGUUUAUUCAGAUUAUGUAAGAGUUAUUUUGAAGCCUAAUUGAUUGAAAGGUGAAAUGUUGUAUUAAAAUCAUUUGAGUUGCACUCAGAUGAACAUUCAUCCCUGCUAUAUUUUUUGAUUGUAAAAAGAUUUGUAUAAAUUGGGAAUAAAUCGUAAACUGAAACUACUGAA